UUGAUUGCGUGUAGAGAAUAGAUUGUAACAAGACAUAUUUAUUGUGAGGUUAUCUGUCGGCUCAGUAAACAGUCCUUAGUGAGCCGAUUAAGGACAUAAUUACAAUUUAUUUCCAAAAAGGCAUUAUGCUGCAAAAAGUUGAUACCUACAAACAUAAUUUGAUUCGUUACUUCUUGUUUUGUGACACAUGGAUUUUCGAAAAAAGUAACUUCUAUGGUGCCCUUAAAUAGUAUUAAUAAGCACAAUGCUGAAAUGAUGUACCUAUAGGUUCUAUCAAUAUUGAAUAUCAUAUUAAUUAUCUAAAAACUAGACUGUUUUUACUCAUCAGGCUUGGACAAAAAACGAAAUUAUGAAGGUCCAGAAAUGGUGGCAUCGUCCAAGACCAGUAGGUUUUUUGAAUUACGGCCAUCAACCUGGUAUGACGUCAGAGUACAUCGAUGAAUAUUUCAAACGCAAUAUUGUAGCUACUGAAUCGUGCAAACCUGCUUAUGAUAUGAGAAAAUCGGAUGCAAAAAUAUCGGGAAAAACUACUUUCAGAAGAGAUUACAUACCUCACCCACUACCCGAAAAGAAAGUCAUUACAAGAGAAGUUUAUAAACCACCUGGUACUGCAAUGGAAGGUGUUAGCAUGUAUCGGCAAGAUUAUCCGCUUGUAAAGGGUGAUAGACCCCAACUCGCAAAAAGAAGUGAAGCGAGAAAACUUCCCAGUGGCAAGUUCGAUACAGUUCCCACUUAUACAAGUGAAUAUAAAAGAUGGAAUAUAGAACCACGAGCAAGUUUUCGGGCGGAUAGAGAAUAUAAAGUACCCGCAGAAAAGAUGGAAAAUACUUCAACUUUUAGAAGGGACUAUAUUGCUCACUCUGCAGCUCCACGCGAAUCUGCAAAGCCUCCAAACGUCGCUUUUCAAUCCGAUCAACCGCUUCAGAGUGCAACAAUUCACAAAAUAAAUUUUGUUCCUCAUCGGCUGGAACCUCGACCCCCAAGAGAGGCUCGCGAGUACGUUCCUCCUGCGGUCGCUAUGGAUUCCAGCACGACUUUUAGACAGUCGUAUCAAGGCGCAAAGGCCUUGCCUGCUGAAAGUGCGCGCCCGCCACAAACCCAAUUUAUGUCGAAAGAACCCCUGGCUUCAUCCUCAGAGUUUCGAGACAAGUUUGUUGCGUGGCCGGUUGAGCGACCACAUCGUCACGAAAUGGAUAAAUACAAAAAGCCACCAGGAGAAAUUGAUUUGCAGACGACUCAACGACUCGACUUCAAGCAUGUAAUUUCACGUCCGGCUGAGUCUAAGAAACCCGACGUCAAAAGAGCUCAAACGAUGCCGUUUGUUGGCAUCACAAAUUAUAAUACCGAUUUCAAGAAAUGGCAGGUUCCGAGAGAACCCAUAAAAAUACGGGAGCAAAGCUUACAUCCCUCAGGGAAAUUUGAAGGGGAGUCUACAACACGACUUCAUUUCACAAGGCUGUCAGCUCCGCCUGCUAGAUCAUGCAAGCCUGAUGGAAAGGCAUUCAUGAGUGAAGCCCCGUUUGACGAUCACACGAUAUAUCGAACUGAUUACAUUCCAAAAUCAAUGGACCUCACAGAACGGUACCCCACACCUGAUUGGCUGAAAGAGCAAUUCGAUAGAUGGGAUAAAAGAGGCGUGGGUAAUUCUCAAUCCAGAAAAAUGUCAGGUUCUUACACAAGAGGAAUGACACCACGCGCAACACCAAUGGUGGAAGUCCGUGCUUGAGUCCGUGGUCUAUUAUUCAACAGACACGGAGGUGUACCUCAAUUCACCAAACGAAACCUUAGUAAUCACAACUGGUAGUAGAUACAUUACGUUGUAAUUUUUCGUGAGUCAUCCUAAUUUUGUGGGUUUCCUUGCAUCAUCACAUAAAUCUGGAGUAGCACGUAUAUAUAUAGGCCUCUGUACUUAAGUUAAAAGAUAUAUAUUUCUAUUUAAUUUUCUCAAACUUAACAUGUGGGGCACUUUUUCCGCUUUCACUCACUAUUUUUAUUGUUUAUCUUAUAAAACAAGUUAUUGGAUUAUUUAAUAUAUAAUUAAUAUAUUAAAGACGCCGAUCGUUUGAAAGUCUUAUACUUUUGCGUAAUUGCUGAAAACUGGUGCGAUCAUGGAUCGAAUUAAACCCAACUAAAAAUAUCACCCCUCAAUUUUAUACGUUGUUUCAGGCUGCAUAUCAGUUUAAUUAGUAUCAGCAAAUUUAAUUUUAUGUCAAACGGAUGGCUCAAUCAUUUUCCAAGUCGUUGAACUGUCUAAAAUACGCCCUUUUACUUAUAAUUUCACCUCUCAAGGAAAUAUAACGUCUUUCACAAAUUUAGAAAAUUUUUACAUGAAUAUAGGAAUUCAUAUACGGACUUGUAUUUUCACAAUUUUUCUUUUGUUUUUAACAUUUAUGUGUUUUAAACUUUGUUGUCUAUAUGUUUUUCAUUUUGGUUUACAAUCAAUAUCCCUGAAGUCAGACGCAUACCACAACAUUUUAUAG